UACCUUUCUUUGGACCCGUAUACCUUCAGUUCAACUUGUUGACAGCUGCACCAGCGUGAGAGCCCGCGUCGAACACUUGCACACAUAUCUUGGCCUUCGACUGGCUUGAACACUUCACUUCUAGCAGCACGGUAGGUCUUGCUUGAAGUGAUCAUCAUCUCGCACACGGCAACAAACAGAGAACGACACGCGUUUUUUUAGUUUAUAUGCUACCGGUCUACGGAACGGACGAUAGAGUUGGUCGUGGUCGCUAAUCUUUCUCCUUUUUUUCCGCCAUGUUGGAUCGAUCGGAGCGCCCCCUAUAUUCGCUGAAACUCUUCAAUAUUCCGGAGAUCUCGUAUCUCGUUGUUGCAGUGACACUAAACGCAACAGUACAAACAAUGCCAUAUCGCUUACAAGCUUACUGAUACCUUGCUUAUUGUUCCUGGAAGUUCCAAGUGGAUGAACGCUGCUGCUGGUGAGAAUCGAAAAGUCGGCAAACUACACUGGGCCGUUUUUUUUUUUCUUUUGUUUCUUUUUUCGUGCACGCGAGUUUGCGUGCGCUCACGUACUCCGUUCGAGUUGGGUACCUGCUUACGGGUAAGAUUUGAGUAACCUCGGCUUCAACAGUUUUAGUUAUGAUUGUAAUCUUCUCUUUAUGCGAAUUGAAGUCACACAUGAUGUGUCGUGCAUACGGGGUGAACCUCGCCUUCGAUGCUGCGUAGUGGCGUCGCCCGAGCCGGCGAACGUUCGGAGCACCGCAGAGCGAACACCCUUCGAUCAGGAUGGAGACCAUCUCCAAGUUCGUCCAAAAGAAGGUAAUUUACGCCGGUAAGGGAGACCUUCCUUCCUUCCACAAGGGCGCGAAGUGCACCUUCCACUUCUGCGUGAAGCGGCUGGACACCGACGAGGACGAACCGGACGCCGUGAUCGACGACAGUCGCAAGCUGAGUCGACCCAUGGAGUUGCUCAUCGGCAAGGAGUUCAAGCUGCCCGUCUGGGAACAGUGUCUCAAGUCGAUGAAGGUGGGCGAAGUGGCCCAGUUUCGGAUACACAAGUCGCUGUUGGACAGCUACACGCUCGUAUCGCAGAGCUACCGGUCGUUCGCGGGCGCCGGCGCCCCUCAUCGAAGGCGGUGCUGCGGCAUGAUGACCGACGAAAAGUACUCGACUGGACACGCUGACCUAGACAAGUUACUCGAAAAGCAAGUUGAUCUCUCGUUUACGUUCGAGCUGCUGAAAGUUGAGGAGCCGGGAGAGUACGCUAAGGAUGUUUGGGCGAUGACGGCCGAGGAGAGGUUGGGUGAGGUGCCGCGUCUUCGGGAGCAGGGAAACAAGCUGUUUCAGGAAGGCGACACGGAGGCGGCCAUGACGAAGUACAAGGAAGCCUUGGAACACCUGGAGAACCUUCUGCUGCGAGAAAAGCCCGGCGACGACGAGUGGAAAGAGCUGGAUAAGAUGAAGAUACCGUUGCUGCUGAACUACUCGCAGUGUCUGCUGAACCGGGGCGAGUACUACGAAGUGAUUCGUCACACCUCUGAGGUGCUGAGCAAGGACCCCGAGAAUGCCAAGGCUCUCUUUCGGAGGGCCAAGGCGCACCUUGGGUCGUGGAAUCCGCGGGAGUGUCGGACGGACCUGCUCAAGCUCAUGGAGGUGGAGCCCAAGUUGACGAAGGUGGUGCAGAAGGAGCUUAAACAGCUAGAGCUGGAGGAGCAGCUGAAGAGAAAAGAGGACAGCUCGAAGCUGAUGAAGAUGUUUCAGCCCAGUGCGAAUGCGUGAAGGAUGAUGCCCCAUCCCGCAGCCCUAUGGCAACUGUGUGUUGUGAAGCACAACGAGUAACCAAGAACUGUUCAAACGGAUGCAGAUAUGGCAAGGAGCUCUGCUCCCCCUUUUCUUUUGCAGCUUUGGGUGGUUUUUACUACGUGAUAGGAUAGAAUGUUUAUAUAGUUUUUGUUGUUUAAAUUAAAUGGCUUUAUGCACUGUUA